ACCACUCAUCAUUAUAAUGAUCAAGACCAAUACCCUUCAUAUGAAGAAUUUGACGCAAUAGUCCAAGAUUAUCUCCAGAAUUUAUCAUCCAAAAAAAGAGACAAGGCUUUAAUUGACCAAGCUCGCUAUGCAAUGAUUUUACAGGUAUUGAAAGACCCUCGUAAUACAGCAGUUUCCACCGCUCAAUUCAGAUUUUGGGUCAAGAAAAUGUUUCAAUUGACCCCAAGACAAAUCGUUUGCCAUGAUGGAAAACCCGUUGCUAUGCGUGAACAAAUAUACGGCAUUUUAGUUCGUGCUCAUCGUGAAGCUCACCACGGAGGAAGAGAUAAAACCUCUGCCUUGGUCCGUAGAAGAUAUUCAUGGAUUCCAAAAGAAUUGAUUGCUCGUUUUGUUAGACAUUGUCCAUUCUGCAUCUCUCGUAGAAAUGGCAGUCAACAAAGCCCAUUAUCACUC